UCAACUUCCCAGUCGCGAUAUUUCCAGCAUUAUGUCCACAAAUUUAUUAACGCUCCUUUUUGGCGCUACAUUGGUAGUGGCCAUAUUUAUGAUAACUAAUGCUCAGCCCGAUGUGUCUGUAAGUAUGCUGCCAGUGUUGCCUGUAAGUGUAUUGCCAGUAGGUUUAAAGUUCCAAAAACAAAGAGUUACGAGACCAAGUAUACCAACAUGGAGACCAAAUAUACCAACCAGGAGACCCCCAACAAGAAGACCAACUUUCCCACCAACCAGAAGACCAACACCACCAACCAGAAGACCAACACCAAUAACAUUGAGGCCAACACCGCCAACCAAAAGACCAACACCACCAACUAAACGCCCACCUACUUGGACUGUAACUAUAACCGUAACUAGGAAACCAAGAAUGGUAAAACGGGCCAUACCGCGCAAAUGUACUAAAUCAUCAAAAUGUACGGCCGCCGGCCCAGCUCUAUGCGUGCGUAGUCGAAAUAAAAAGCUGUGUCGUCGGGUGGCCAAUAGAUGUGCCUUGCGGAAACUCAAUUGUCAAGCGAAGCCUCGUAACAAUUGGGGUAUCACGCAACAGACGCGUUGUGGUAAGCUGAAAGUUGGCGCGAAGGCAGAGAAAUGUAAAAACUAGCGAAUAAACGUAUUUAAAAUUGUAAUAAAGAACAGUUUUGAAGCC